UGGGAACCAUAAGUAACCCAAACUGGUCACCUGAAGAUGUCUGACAAUGCAGAGUCUCCAACAGAAACGCAAAAAGAAGAGUCACAGCCACCAUCAGACGACUCGACGGUAAAUGAAGAGAAGAAAAAAAUUGAUGUGUUGCUGAAGGCUGUGGGAGACACUCCUAUAAUGAAAACAAAGAAGUGGGCAGUGGACAGAGGGAGAACGGUACAGUCCCUGUCUCAGUUCAUCUCUCGCUUCCUCAAGCUUGAUGCAAGUGAACAAUUGUUCAUUUACGUUAAUCAGUCCUUUGCCCCUUCACCGGAUCAAGAUGUUGGAGUCCUCUUUGAUUGCUUUGGCAGCGAUGGCAAGCUGGUUCUACAUUACUGCAAAUCUCAAGCCUGGGGUUAAAUUGCUUUCUAUAACUCAGUUUUGGACCUCCCCCUUUCUUAAAUUCACCCUCCAAACAUGCACACAAUGUUGUUUUUGCCUUUUGAUUUCUUUCAGUUUUUCUGUACAUACACAUUGUAAAUAAAUUAUUGACUGU